CGACCCAUUACCAUAUAUCAUCAGUUACCAACUUCUCUCUCCAUUUCUCUUCAUCUUUUCUUUCUGCGGUGUAAUGGCGGAUUUUGCCAUAUCUAUGAAAAUUAUUGUUUCUCUGUUAUUUUCUCUAUUCAUCAUUUCUCAAACAGCUCAUGGGAAGAGACAGUGUGAUUUGUUUGAUGGGAUUUGGGUGUACGAUGAAUCGUAUCCUCUAUAUGAAUCAUCGGACUGUGAUUUUAUAGAAAAACAGUUCGAUUGUUCCAAGAAUGGCCGUUGUUCCAAGAAUGGCCGUCCUGAUAAGUUUUAUCUCAAGUAUAACUGGCACCCAAAUUGCAGUAUGCCAAGGUUCAAUGGUGAAGAUUUCUUGGAGAGAAUGAGAGGCAAAAGUAUAAUGUUUGUAGGGGAUUCUCUGAGUUUGAACCAAUGGCAAUCGCUCACUUGCAUGCUUCAUAAAUCUGUGCCUCAAUCUCAAUACACUAAUGUCAGGACUGGACUUCUCUCCACCUUCACCUUCUUGGAGUAUAAUGUGAGGGUGAUGAUGAGUCGCAACGUAUUUCUGGUGGACCUGGUUGAGGAAACUAAUGGUCGAGUAUUGAAACUGGAUUCCAUUGAAUCUGGCAAUAAAGAUUGGAAAGGCAUUGAUGUUCUGAUUUUCGAUUCUUGGCAUUGGUGGCUUCAUACCGGAAGGAAGCAGCCGUGGGAUUUCAUUCAAGAGGGGAAUAAAACGUACAAGGAUAUGGAUCGGUUGGUGGCAUAUGAGAAGGCAUUGAAAACAUGGACCAAUUGGGUCGACAGCAACGUUGAUCCUUCAAAAACUAAGGUUUUCUUUCAAGGCGUGUCUCCAGAUCAUAUGAACGGAGAGGAAUGGGGAGAAGCAAGAGCAAAGUCAUGUGCAAAUGAAGAGAGGCCACUGGAAGGACACAACAAGUAUCCAGGAGGAAGCCACCCAGCAGAGUUAGUGGUAGAGAGAGUUCUGAAAGAAAUGUCAAACCCUAAUGUAGUUUAUCUACUCAACAUCACCGCUCUAUCUCAGCUCCGAAAAGACGGCCACCCUUCCGUCUAUGGCCACGGUGGCCACCGUGACAUGGACUGUACCCAUUGGUGCCUCCCCGGUGUUCCUGAUACUUGGAAUCAACUCUUGUAUGCUGCCCUCGUCUACCAAAAUUAUCAUUAUUUAAUAUAAUUCAUUCAUAUUUCUAUCUAUAUAUCAAAAGAAAUUUUUACAUAUAUAUAUUUUUUCUGAUUUUAUUUUUCUCCUUUUUUUUUAAUAUUCUUCAUUGAAUUCGUGUGUUUGUCCGACUUAAUAAUUUAACUCUGAAGGUGAAAUUGCU